AUGGACGUAAAAGAAGACAAGCAGCUUAUGCCUCCAACGGCCAUCGAAAGUAAGGCUUGGGUGUUUCGCAAUGGUGAACAGAUUGAUCAAACUCCAAAUCCCCCAAUUUCAGAUGAGGAACCGGCUGCAACCAAAGUAAAGAAGCCCGCACAACCCAAAGUCGGUUAUUUUAAGCUGUACCGAUACGCAACGAUUACCGAUAUCGUCGUCUUAUUUGUCGCAUGUGUUGCAAGUGCGCUACAAGGAAUUAUGCAGCCUCUGAUGACUGUCUUCUUCACAAACACGCUUGGUGCGUUUGCGCUUUAUAACCCCAACAUUCCUGGAUCCGGCGACAAUUUGUUAUCUACAGUCAAUAAUGUGCUUGUCAUCUUUGUCAUCUUUGCCCUUGUUACGGCCGUGACUGCCUACAUAUCCAUGGCUGGGUUCAUGGUGUCAUCUGAACGACAACUGCGCCGUAUCCGACAAGAGUAUUUUGCUGCCAUUUUACGUCAGGAUAUCGGAUGGUUUGAUGAUUCGCAGACUGGAGAUCUGACCAACAGGAUGUCCGCAGACAUGAACCUGAUCCAAGAAGGAAUCUCUCAGAAAGUGGGCAUAAUUAUUCAGUCUCUUGCCACAUUCUUUACAUCCUUCAUUAUCGCUUACGUUCGAGGCAAAAUGGCGCUCGUAUUGACCGCCGCCGUUCCUCUCAUGGCUACUGCAGGAUUUGUAGUUGGACGAUUAGUUAUAAGGCGUGUUACCUCUGCUCAGAACAACUACGGAAAAGCGGGCGCAAUCGCUGAGACAGUGUUGUCCAGCAUCAAAACGAUUGUCACUUUCGGUGGCCAGGAUCGCGAGAUCAAAAGGUACAAUGCCAAGCUGGACAAGGCUAUGAAGGACGGGAUCUUUCAAGGCUUCAUGAAUGGACUUGGAAUCGGUGGUGCUCAACUAAUUAUGUUUUGCUUCUUUGGUAUGGCGUUUUUCUAUGGAGGUUACUUGAUCUCUGUUGGCAUUCAAACAGGCGCGGAAGUCUUGAACGUUCAAUUCAGUAUACUUAUUGGUGCGUUCGCCUUGGCCCAACUCGGAACGCCUUUGGGUGCUGUCGCAUCCGCACAGGGUGCUGGCCAUACUAUAUUCGGUACUAUUGACAGAAAGAGCCCCAUUGAUGCUACCAGCAACGUGGGCGAAAUGGUCACCGGAUUGAAGGGUGACAUAGAAUUCAAGAACGUGUCAUUCAAGUACCCAUCUCGUCCUGAUGUUCAAAUAUUAAACAAGUUUGAUCUGGUUGUACCUGCUGGAAAGACUACUGCUCUGGUUGGAAUGUCAGGAAGUGGAAAAUCGACAAUUGUAAAAUUAGUGUCUAGGUGGUACGAUCCAGAGCUUGGUCAAGUACUUCUUGACGGCAAGGACUUGACGUCUUUGAAUGUUAAGAGUCUGCGCCAACAUAUUGGUAUUGUCAAUCAAGAACCAUUGCUUUUUGAUAUGAGUAUCUACCGUAAUCUCCUCAUGGGUCUGAGUGAAGACUCGUGGGAGGGUAUCCCUGAAUCCGAGUUGGAUCGACGCGUCGAGGAAGCAUGUAGAUCGGCCAAUUGUUGGGACUUCAUUCAACUGCUACCGCAAAAGAUUCACACUGGAGUAGGAGAGUUUGGUAGUAUGUUGUCUGGAGGACAAAAGCAACGUAUUUGUAUUGCUCGGGCUCUGAUGAGAAAUCCGAGAAUUUUGAUCUUGGAUGAAGCGACUAGCGCUCUGGACACUGCAAGUGAAAGUGUUGUUCAAGAAGCUCUUGAUAAGGCAUCCAUCAACAGAACAACAAUCAUCAUUGCCCACAGAUUGUCCACAGUCAAGAACGCCGAUAGAAUCGUAGUUCUAGACCGUGGAACCGUUAUUGAAAGCGGUACACACGACGAAUUGUUGGCCAAGGAAGAUUCCGUAUACGCCGAACUUGUCAGAUUACAAGAUUUAAAGACUCAAGACUCUGACUCAGAGCAAUCUACCAUUACUGACUCGAAACCUGAAGCCACCAAUCACUCCAUCCCACGAAGCAAGAUUGGUGAUGCUGCUUUGGUAGACAUUGAUCCAAAGAUGACCACAGCUUCUCGUCGGGGCUCUAUAGAAAUGGAAUACAAGAAGGCUUUGGGUCGUCGUGGAUCUGUAGCUCAAAGCGAUAAGGAUGUGCAGAUGGAAAAGGCUAAGACCGAGCAAGAGCAAUUGGCCAUGCUGAAACGAAAACUUAAUUGGAGCCGUGUAAUCAAGUUGAAUGCUCCCGAAUGGUGGCAAAUUCUUUUGGGAUGUACGUUUUCGGCUGUAUCUGGAGCUACUCAGCCAUUAUUCUCUGUGUUCUUCACAAAUAUUAUCAUCAUAUUCGGCAAGACUGGACCAGAAAUGAUGGACGGAGUGCGAUUCUUUGCCGGGAUGUUUGCUGUGUUAGGUGGGCUACAGUAUCAAAAGUAA